GUGGCACUUGAAAAUGUUUCUUGUUCUGGUGCAAUGGGAACUGUCGAAGAUAUUUUUUUUACUGAUAAUUAUGAGCCUAAUUCACUACCUACUGCUGUUUUAGUGGCGUUUGACAAGUAUAAUGGGCCUACAAUUGUUACUCCAGAAGGUGUUCCAGUUGUUCCGAUUGCCCCUAUUCAGCGCACGUGGGAGAGUAAGUCUGGGAUGUGUUUGCGUUUACAAAUUCACCAUUUUCUCACAUGGGCUAUUACGGUACAUAAAUCUCAAGGUUUGACAAUACCAAAGGCUGUAAUUGAUCUUGGAAAAAAUGAAAUCGCAGCUGGCCUAUCAUUUGUUGCA